AUAUAUCGAGCAAGUAACCCUACAUCAGCACCAGACAUAACAAAAUUAUCUAACCCAAACACGUUAUGGCUCGACAACCCCCCGCGGAGUUUCUUCCCGCGCAACCCCCAGCCAACGCGCAAUGCCACCGCAUCGACUUCACGCGCUCCGACCCACCACUGCCUGAAUACAAGGACCUCCGCGCGGUCGUCAUCGACAACGCGCUCACUAAAGAAGAAUGCGACGAGCUCCUCCGCCUCGCCGAGGCCAGCACCGUGCCGCCCCACAAGGACCGCUCCGCCGCGGCCGAACCGACCUGGGAGCGCGCCAUGAUCAACCUGGGCAACGGCAAGCAGGCGCUCGCGGUCGACACGCGCAACUGCGGCCGCAUAAUCUACGAUGCGCCAGCCCUGGCCGACAAGCUGCUGGCGCGGCUGCGACCUUUCCUGCAGGAGCUGGGCCUCGAGGUAAUCGAUCGCCAGCCCCGCGUGACAGGCCUGGCCGGUCGCAAUGCCGUCUACCGGCUCACGCGGCUCAACGAGCGGCUGCGCUUUCUCAAAUACGAGGGCGGCGAGUACUUCCGUCCGCAUUGGGAUGGGAAAUACCGUACCCCCGAUGGCGGGGAGACUUCUUACUAUACCGUGCAUCUGUAUUUGAAUGGGGAGGGGGAGCAGGAUCGCAAGGAGCUGAUGCGUGAGAUGAAGAGGGUGGAGGAGCAGAUGGAUAAGGGCGAGGGACAGGGCGCGGUGGUGAAUCUCGAUCCCAGCGGUCGACUGCUGGGCGGUGCCACCUCGUUCUUGCCUCGGUUCGAGGAGAAAGAGCGCCAUCUUCGCGUCUUUCCCCGUACGGGGUCGGUGCUUGUGUUUCAGCAGAAUGAUCUGCUGCAUGGUGGCGAUCCGGUCUUACGCGGGGUGAAGUAUACCAUGCGCACGGAUAUUAUGUAUCGCCGGGAUUGAGGGGGGGGAUAUGUUACUUAGAUUAGCUGGGUUUGAGGGCCCUGAGCAAUGGUUAAUGGAUGGUAGCGACUUCAUUUUGGAUAUGCGUGUGGGCUGUGCAGGGCCUUUGUCUGGGUAUCAUCCAUGUUUGGGGGAAUGUAAGACAAGAUGUCAUCAGCAGCAGACGAACACGAAGUUAUGGGGGGGGGGGAUGCCGGG